CUGCGUGACCGCGGCAGGUUGGUCCUGGAGCAGAUGAGCGCAGAAUAUUUAGGCGAAAGCGCACGGAGGGGGGUUGCGCGGGGAAGGAGGAGUACCUCGGCCAAGAAAAUUAUGCAUGCGUUAGGGAAGCUGUGAGAGAAUGGCUGUGGAAGCUCUCCACUGCGGUUUGAAUUCCCGGGGUAUUGAUCAUCCUGCUCAUACUGAAGGCAUUAAACUGCAAAUUGAAGGUGAAGGUGUUGAGUCUCAACCCAUUAAAAACAAACAUUUCCAGAAGGUGCUUGACCAAAAAGGAACCCCCAAGCGACUGCAGGCAGAAGCUGAGACGGCUAAGUCGUCUACGGUGAAGCUGUCAAAACCAGUGGCUCUGUGGACUCAGCAGGAUGUCUGCAAGUGGUUGAAGAAACAUUGUCCGAAUCAGUAUCAGAUCUACAGCGAGUCAUUCAAACAGCAUGACAUAACUGGGCGAGCUUUGCUGAGACUUACUGACAAAAAGCUUGAGCGAAUGGGGAUUGCCCAAGAAAACCUCCGGCAGCACAUCUUGCAACAGGUGCUCCAGCUGAAGGUGCGGGAGGAAGUCAGAAACCUACAGUUACUCACACAAGGAGCAUCUACAGCUUCUCAGAGGCCCAAGCUUAGUCUUCGGAACAGUCAGUCCAUGGUGUCUGUGACAACGUCGUUUUCGAUGGCAGGCUUGUGUCUACCAAGAACACGGGAUUGAAGUGAAAGAGUCCAGAAAAGCAGAAGUUUUCUUUAUUAUUUUCCAAAGCCAGGUUAAGUGUGGGUAGAAAGUGUGACUGGACAGACCAUAUAUUUACUAGGGGCUUUCCCAUGAACCAGCAAGUUCUUAAAAGCCCACCCAUUCAUAAUUUCAUGCAAGUCCACACUUUGCCAAUUUCUCCCCAGGACAAGAAGGAAAACAAACUAGGGAUAAACAACAAUAACAGAAAACCUGACAUCAAACAAUAAGAAAAACCCCUAUAGGCGUGCCUCUCAAGUGACCCCUUCCCCCUAAUCCUCUCUUUCUUUAUUCUUUAUUACAAAUUAAUAUCGUGAGUCAUACAAGUUAGUAAAAACUGGGCGUUAGGUGCUUCUGUCAGGAGGGAGAGAUGAUGAAUGCCAUGUUCAGGUUUUCCCUCUAACUCCCAGACUAUCCCAACUAUUUUCAUUAAUAACCUGCUUCCUUUUAUUGUCCUUAGCUCUUGGCUCUGACUUCUUGUUUUUCAUUGUGUUGUUGAUUUGAAGAACAUUCUUUCUGAGAUUCUUGGUUCCAGGUACUAAGUUUGUUGAUAGCUUCUUAUAUUCCAGGCAUAGGAUGCUUCCCCAUAUGUUAUCUUAAUUGAUCCUUAAAACAAUUCACUACACAGCUGAGAAAAAAAAAUUGUAGCAUCAUAGAGAUAGUAGGUGCUGGAGUGAUGGCUUGAGUGAGCUCUUUCAGGUAUAUUAGACCAGACUUGCCAGAAGCUGGUCCAUCCUUGCUGCUUGACACAGUCGCUGCAGGAAAGAAACAUC